UUGCAACAACUGCUUUUGAUGGCCAUAUCCUAUAAUCUAGGCAACUUAUCCCUAUAAAUAUUAUUUCUAUAUACCUCGAUACUCUACUUGUCAUAAUCUUUAUCAACAGACCUUUAACAUUGUAAAAUCAUAAGUAACACAUUAACCUUCAUAAUAUAAUUUUCUCUACUCAGACUCUGCAUUUUUUGAACCAUGGCAAAACAACCUACUAGAGUUCUUGUCACUGGAGCCGCCGGCCAAAUUGGAUAUGCUCUUGUUCCGAUGAUUGCUCGAGGAGCCAUGUUAGGCCCUGAUCAACCUGUUAUCAUACACAUGCUUGAUAUUGAACCUGCUGCUGAGGCCUUGAAAGGAGUGAAAAUGGAAUUGAUUGAUGCUGCUUUGCCUCUUCUCAAAGGUGUUGUUGCUACAACGGAUGUUGUCGAAGCUUGUAAAGAUGUCAAUGUUGCUGUUAUGGUUGGUGGAUUUCCAAGAAAGGAAGGGAUGGAAAGAAAGGAUGUAAUGUCAAAAAAUGUUUCGAUUUAUAAGGCACAGGCCUCUGCCUUAGAACAGCAUGCUGCCCCUGAUUGCAAGGUUUUGGUUGUAGCGAAUCCAGCUAACACCAACGCGCUUAUUCUGAAAGAAUUUGCACCUUCCUUUCCAGAGAAAAACAUCACUUGCCUAACAAGGCUUGAUCACAACAGAGCUUUAGGUCAGGUUUCAGAGAGGCUAAAUGUUCAUGUUGGAGAUGUAAAGAAUGUAACAAUAUGGGGAAAUCACUCUUCAACUCAGUAUCCAGAUGUGAAUCAUGCAACAGUAAAAACCACUAGUGGUGAAAAGUCUGUUAGAGAACUUGUGGCUAAUGAUCAAUGGUUGAACACAGAGUUUAUCACCACAGUGCAGCAGCGAGGAGCGGCCAUCAUAAAAGCUCGAAAGCUAUCAAGUGCAUUAUCUGCUGCUAGCUCAGCUUGUGAUCAUAUACGUAAUUGGGUUCUGGGCACUCCAAAGGGAACAUGGGUUUCAAUGGGAGUCUACUCUGAUGGAUCUUAUGGCAUCCCAUCUGGCUUAAUUUACUCUUUUCCAGUUACUUGUGAGAAAGGAGAAUGGUCAAUUGUGCAAGAUCUCAAGAUAGAUGAGUUUUCAAGAGCCAAGAUGGACGCAAGCGCGAAGGAAUUGAUCGAGGAAAAGUCCUUGGCGUAUUCAUGCCUGAACUAAUGGUGUGAUUUUGCGCGCUGAGGAAAAUAAACGUGGGAAGAUGAAGUGCAAUAAAUUGAAUAUUCAGUUUAUUACUACUUGGAGUAUAUGUUGAAUCAUCUUUCUACUUAAAAUGCUUCCUUGUCUCUUACUUGUAACCAACUUACGGACUCUUUUAGUCUUUUCUACUUUAUAAUGCUCAGAUUGAAAAGUUGAAUUCUCAUCUGCUCACUUCUGAGGUUUGGUCC